CACAUAUCACGAGUUCUACCAGCCCUCCUACGUCAGUCAUUUCGUGUUUGGGCAAUCCGUAAGUGAGCUCGUCACUUCAGAAACCUCUCCUGCGUGCACAUAGCUCCCGAUCAGUCUCUUGCAUCAUGAGCACCUUCGGCCGCUUCUUCCGCGUGACGACCUUCGGCGAGUCGCACUGCAAGGGCGUGGGCUGCAUCGUGGAUGGCGUUCCCCCGUCGCUCGCUUUGACAGAGGCUGACAUCCAGCCGCAGCUCACGCGCCGUCGCCCCGGCCAGAGCAAGCUCACGACCCCGCGCGACGAGAAGGACAUGGUGACUAUCAUGAGCGGCACUGAGAAGGGCUUCACGCUUGGCACGCCGCUUGCACUCUUCGUGCCCAACGAAAACGUGCGCCCUAAGGAUUACAAGGAGAUGGAUCUUGUGCCUCGCCCGGGCCACGCAGACUACACGUACCAGAUGAAGUACGGCACGCGCGCUAGCAGCGGCGGUGGCCGUGCCAGUGCUCGCGAAACCAUUGGCCGUGUAGCAGCUGGCGCUGUGGCCGAGAAGUGGCUCAACGAGAAGUUCGGCACGUCUAUUGUGUGCUGGGUAAGCUCCAUCGGCACGGUAGACAUGCCGCGCGACCUGCUGAAUGACCCCAAGAAGGCCAUUUACACUCGCGAGGAGGUGGACACCAUUGGCUCGAUCCGUAUUCUACGUGACCCUGCCAAAUGGACCAAGGUAGAGGACGCCGCCACGCAGCUAGAGAACGACAAGGCGUAUGACGCAGAGUUCGUCAAGGCCGAGGACGACCUCACCACACCGGCCUACAUUGACACGGAGAAGAUCGUGUACAACCGCAAGGGUAACGUUGUGCCUGCCCCGGAGAACCUGGAUGCUUGGCUAACUGACGACCUGAUCCCCGUGCGCUGUCCGCACCCUCCGUCCGCUUGCGCCAUGUCGACGGUUGUUCGCACGAUGAAGGCGGACGAAGACUCGACUGGUGGCGUCGUCACGUGUGUGAUCCGCAACGCGCCCGUGGGUCUGGGUGAGCCAUGUUUCGACAAGAUGCAGGCCGUCCUUGCACACGCCAUGAUGUCCAUCCCGGCCACCAAGGGCUUCGAGAUCGGCUCCGGUUUCUCUGGUACCAGCAAGCGUGGCUCCGAGCACAAUGACCCGUUCUGCGCAGGCUCGGACGCCGAGAACCCGGAGAAGCUGGGCGUGACCAAGAAUGACGCCGGUGGUGUGCUGGGCGGCAUUACCAGCGGUGCUGACAUCUACUUCCGUGUGGCCAUCAAGCCCGUGUCGACUAUCGGCCGCGCCCAACCCACGGUCGGUUAUGACGGCAAGGACACGGUGCUGGCCGCCAAGGGCCGUCACGAUCCCUGUGUACUGCCGCGCGUCGUGCCGCUCGUGGAGUCCAUGGCUGCGCUUGCCAUCGCCGACGCGGCCAUGAUCCAGUUGGGCCGCGAUGGCAGCAGACAGGAUGAGCCGGCACAGAAGAAGCGCAAGCUCUAGGUAGGCUGCGUGCGCAUACGAUGUGUAGAAAACCACAUAGAUAACGCUGCGAGCGAAUUCGAAAAGCAGUUUUCAUUAUGUUAUGCAA